AUGUCUGCACCUGCCAGCACCCCACCUUCAAAGAGCCACCGGCCCAGGCGCCAGACACCAAACGGCGCUCUACCGCAACCGAUGGCGGCUGGGGAGCUCUUCAUGGGUGCUGAAACGCAUCGCCCGGCCGGCUCUUCGAGAACCAAGAGGCAACAUCCACGGCGUCCCAAGGAUGAUUCGCUAGCCAUCGCAACUCCACCCGCAACGGACGGCAGAUCCUCCCCACUGAAGGACGCGCAUCGCCAAAGCCAGUCAAGCUCUCGAAGGCCGAGCGCAACACCAGCGCGCAGGCCCGAGUAUGCUGGCCCGACGUUUCACGCUUCGCCUGCACCUUCCGCGCUCCCAAUACCAAAGUUUUUCUCCAAAUCGGUCCCUACAUCGUCCUCUCAGAAGGACCCGCAGUCACAGCUGGAAUCCGAGUCAGAUAUUUCAGACAAGUCCCAGUCACCGCCCUCUUCAGAUGUAGCGCCUGCCAGGCUAGAACCCCCACCUCGCGAAGAAUCUCCUCUCGAUAUUUUCUUCAAGGCCGAUCGGGAGGAGAAGGCGAAGCGGCUUGGUAGCAAUGGCUUCUUUACACCCUCCACCAAGCCUUCUCCGAUGGUUUCUUCAUCCGAGCCCCCGAGGCCAAGCAUGUCAGUCGUUCCAGGCAGAGACCAGCGGCAUCACUCUCGGCACUCCUCCACCCACUCCGGCAAAGGCAUAUUCAUGAUGGAGCUGGACGGCAGUGGCACUGAAGCAGACUUGAGCGGAACUUUUUCGAACUUACACUCCAGCUCCCGCUUGCCAUCUUCUCGGUCGGUUACUGCUCCUUCUAGUGUACCCUACACUUCCACAACCUCUCAGGAUAAGGGGGCAACUGCACAGGCAUUGAAAGACAUGCUGUUCUCCAUGCAGCCUGAAAACAGCCAACGCACGAUACCGCCUCCAGCGGCACGCACGCCAUCCAACCAUGCGUCCGGUGAUCAGUCGCCUUCUCCUUUCUAUCGCCCCGCUUCGGCGCAGCAUAGCGCUCGAGGGCCAAGUACACCGGCGCCGCAAAACAAUCAAGCUACUGAUCCAUCCUUCCAUUACGGCAAUCGCAACCUCUCGCCCUUAUUCCACGCCGCCAUGGCCGAUCCAGUCAGGCGGCCUUCCAGCCUUCGCAAGGAGCUUGAUCCCUCCUCGCCAACAGCACCUCAAAACAGUUCUACACAGCCCCACAUAGCACAAUCAACACCACCUCCAACAACUCUACCCAACCCCACCUCUAAACAAUCCGCCUCCGCCAUCUCUCUCAACUGUCUUAACUCCCACAUCCAGGCAGCCGCCGGCGGUCUGCCCGAUCAUCCUCUAUUCCAACAGCCUCAACAUCAUCAACAUCCUCCAUCACCUUUCCGCGAAACGCAUAGCGCCGCGACAUCUCAAUCUCACGACAUCAAGGCCAUGGAAGCCGAUCUCAAGCGGUUACUCAAUCUGAGCGUUUUGGGCGGGGCUACUGCGGCGAGUGUGCGGUGA